AAUUAAAAAAUAGACUUGUCGAUCUUCUUCUUUUAGGUGAACCCAAAUACAGUGCUUGCUCUCCAUAUUCUGUUUUCCCAAAUUCUCUGGAAAAAAAGAAAAAUUUAAAGAAAACUUCACCCCCUAAAUUCUCUCUCUCCUCUGCUCAAAUCCAGUUCGCUGGUUCUCUACAUUUCAUCUCUAUCAGGUAAAAUGUCUUGGUGCACCAUUGAAUCUGAUCCAGGGGUGUUCACAGAACUUAUACAACAAAUGCAAGUUAAAGGUGUACAGGUUGAGGAGUUGUAUUCAUUGGACUUCAAUUCUCUAAAUGACCUGUGGCCUGUAUAUGGGUUGAUUUUCCUAUUCAAAUGGCGUCCAGGAGAAAAUGAUGACCGACGUGUUAUCGAGGAUCCAAACCCCAACUUGUUUUUUGCAAGCCAGGUUAUCAAUAAUGCUUGUGCAACCCAAGCAAUAUUGUCCAUACUGUUGAACUGUUCCGAUGUUGACAUUGGCCCCGAGCUGUUUAAGUUAAAAGAGUUCACAAGGAAUUUUCCUUCUGAACUCAAAGGUUUGGCCAUAAAUAACAGUGAAGCUAUACGUGUGGCGCAUAAUAGUUUUUCGCGUCCUGAGCCUUUCGUUCCUGAGGAGCAGAAGGCAGCAGGAAAAGACGAUGAUGUCUACCAUUUCAUAAGCUAUUUGCCAGUUGAUGGUCUGCUGUAUGAGCUUGAUGGAUUGAAGGAGGGACCCAUUAGCCUUGGACAAUGCUCUGGUGGCAAGGAUUGGUUGCAGAUGGUGCAACCGGUGAUCCAGGAACGCAUUGAAAAGUACUCCAAGAGUGAGAUUAGGUUCAAUCUGAUGGCUAUUAUCAAGAACAGAAAAGAGACUUGUACUGCUGAGCUGAAGGAGCUGCAGAAGAGGAGGGAGGGCAUUUUGCAGCAGCUGGCUGCAUCACGGCUGGAAAGACCGAUAGACGUUAGCAAAUUUGAAGUGCUGAACAAAUCUCUUUCAGAAGUGAAUUCAGGGAUUGAGGCUGCCACUGAAAAGAUUGUGAUGGAGGAGGAGAAAUUCAAGAAAUGGAGAACCGAAAAUAUUCGCAGGAAACACAACUACAUACCUUUUUUGUUCAACUUCCUCAAGAUUCUUGCUGAAAAGAAGCAGUUGAAACCACUUAUUGAGAAAGCAAAGCGCAAAGCUGGAGAUACUACUAGGUACUAGGUAACGACUGCCUUUUUAACUAUUUGCCAAGAUUGUUAAUUGUAUUGGUUAUCUUUUUUAAAGAGGGUUGUGGAUUUUUUCUCACUUACUAGGCAAUAUUAAGUGAAUUUAAGGUGUUAACUGUACUUGUAAAAUAGUUUUAUGGAUUUUAUCUCACUUGCUAGGCAAUAUUGAGUGAAUUUAAGGUGUGCUUUAUUUUAUUUUUGUUUCUUUUGGUCAA